GUUUCUCUUAUCUUAGCACUUCGAUUAAUUUUUAAGUUAGUUUUUGCAAAUAAAGAGAGAAAAGAAAUGGCGUCACAGGAGAAAAUUGUGACAGUAGCUGAGAAGGCACCAGUAACUGCUAAAAGAAAGGUCAGGGAUGAUUUGGAGACAACACUUUUCAAACCCUAUGUGCCUCGAGCAGUGGUGGCGCCUGAUACAGAGCACGUAAAUGGGACAUGGGGUCACCAACAUCAUAAUAUGUCUGUGCUUCAGCAGCAUGUUUCCUUCUUCGACAUAAAUAAUGAUGGCAUUAUUUACCCCUGGGAAACAUACACAGGAUUCCGGAGGGUUGGUUUCAACAUUAUUGCUUCUUUAUUUUUCACGAUUCUUAUCCAUGUAACUAUGAGUUAUGUGACUCUUCCACAGACUUGGAUACCUUCACCCUUGUUCCCUAUAUAUAUCCAAAAUAUACAUAAGGCAAAGCAUGGAAGUGAUUCAGAGACCUAUGACACUGAAGGAAGGUUUGUUCCAGCAAAUUUUGAGAACAUGUUCAGCAAAUAUGCUCAUACCUUGCCUGAUAAGCUCACACCAAGGGAGCUUUGGCACAUGACUCAAGCGAACCGAAAUGCAUUUGAUUUUUUUGGCUGGAUUGCAAGUAAAUUGGAAUGGGGAGUUCUGUAUUUUCUUGCCAAGGAUGAAGAGGGUUACUUAUCAAAGGAAGCUGUACGGCGUUGCUUUGAUGGAAGCUUAUUUGCUUAUUGUGCUAGAGUUCAUAGAGGUGCUGCUAUUAGAUGAGAAUAAAUACUGAUGAAGAACAACUUUAUAUUUUCAUAUGUUAGAAUCUGCAUACUGUAUAGCCAUUUUUGGCGCAGAAUGCUUAAUCCGUACGUUUCUUCAAAUUCACAUUGUUGUCCACCAUUUUUCAGAAAAAGGUUAGUGAUCAUCUUA